AUGGAAGGACAGACAGAUGCAGAGGUGAGAAAUCAAGACCAGAUGGAUUGCGAAAGGCAACCUGCAGAGGAUGAGUGGAAGAGCUCGCAAAGAGGACAGGUUAGGAACACGCUGCACCUCGUGUCUGCGGCUGCUCAGUGGAUAUUACUGCUUGCCUGCUUGGUUUACCUUGGUAUUGAUACUCUGCAACCCUCAACGCCUUGGAGCGACAGAGUGCCGUGGACCCACAUCCGGUACACAGGUGAAAGCAUUGAAGGAGUAGCCAUGAAUCUCACUGCCGAAUUAGGCUCUAUUCAGAUCAGAAAUGGUUCCAUCAUGAUCACCUGUGAUGGCCUCUACCUAGUGUCCUUGAAGGGCUUUAUCUUUUUCCGUCACCAGGAGAAGUCACUGAAGCUGACACUGGGCAAGACGGACAGCAAGACCAGGACAGACCUCUGGGAGCAAACUGUCCAGGACAGCGGCGAAUCAGUAAAUCUAACCACAGUGCUCUACUUGUUUGCUCAAGAUAACAUCACCCUGUGGACCAGGCCCAACGCCAACAUCUCGGAUUUGUCGCUUAGCCUUGUGUUACUAAGUCCCUUCGUUUGCUCGCUGUAGAAGAUGACGUAUGGAAUGUAACACGUAACAUUAUCGCCUUUCCGACCAAUCCAUUUGCCUGUGGGAGGCUUGUUCUCACAGGCUGUACUUGUACAGGCAGACUGCUCUAGCCUCCUUCCCUGGGGCUGCGGAAAGCCUCAGCUGGAGCGCAGGUAAAUCACAGUGCAAACAGGCUUUAUAUAGUGCAUGCCGUGUUCAGCUCUUUGGAGCUCUGUGCAGCUGUUUUGCUACCUGGGGUGGAUUUUUCUAACACUGGAGAAAGGGAUGCAUGGAGCCUUUGAAGAGAACAGAAAUGAAAGCCAAAGAAAGUCACCUAAGCUUAGCUCCUGUUCAGAGAAAUCCCGGGUUUCUCUGUUUACUUGACAGUAUCUGUAUAUAGUACAAAUGCGCUGUAUAUUUGCUAAAGUAAAAGUCUGGUAAAUCAGGAAGAUACCUCAAGUGUCUUGAAGCCAUUUGGAGAAGGAGGAGAAGCCCUUUGCCUGGCAAGGCAGAAGACAGGGAAAAGGCGGCAAGGGACUUCCUUUGCAGUGAUCCAGAUAAAUGCUCUCUGACAGGUAAAGGCCAUGAAAGGAAGGUGGUAUUUUAAAAUGAGCUAACAGGACUGCACUGGACAUCAGAAACACAGGUCCUGCAGCGACUAUGAGGUUUUUAGGAGCAACUUCUAAGAGCAGAGGCCCACUGGCUGUUCCAGACAUCUGCAGACUACUGAAGCCCGAGCCAAGGGAAUAUCUGGUGGGACAUUUACAUCUUGACACCAGCUCUUGGAGGUGUUAAGUUGAAGGAGAAUCUCCUUCAAGCACACACACACGCACAGACUAGCUUAACCCAAAACAGAUAAAAAUUUGGAAAAACAUGCGGAUUUGGUGGAUUCUCUCUAAUGGACAGAGUAAAACCUGCAGGUCUGCGCAUCCUUUCCUCUGGGAGGACUCAGAUGGUUCCUGUUGAGCCUCACAGUAGACCUUGUCAUACAGGUGUGCACCAGAGAGAUUCACUGGCACAACCUCCACGAUGCACCAGUGCGGUCCCUGCCUGGCUCCGGCGACAGUCAGGCUGCUCUCAGAGAUCCUGGGCUGUGCAUCCCUCUUCUCGUUACGGCUUGUGGCUGCUGAGGGGACAAGUCCUGCCCUGCCCACGCUGCAGGCAGCACGUGACCUGAGCACAGCCAGCAGUUCUUGUAUUUUUGGUUGGAGCAGGGCAGAUUUCAAGGGCAAGUCGACUACCUGGCUCCAAUGAACUCCAGCAACAUUCCAGUAUCUCACUGCUGGCUGUACGCUCCAAAGUCUUUUGUUAAAAGUAUUUAUGUAUUUAUACUAUAGGCAUAAGAAUGUUCGGAUUUCUUAGAAACACUGGGAAGGGUUCAGACUCCAGGUUGUCAGCGCAAAGCUCCUCUUCACAGAUGCUCCCAAGGCGCUGGAGCUUUCCUGCCACAUGGGCACAGCGCUGCCACCCGCCUUGGCUCCCUGGCCAGCCUGCUCCUGGCUGAGCACUUCUGAGGGCUCAGGUGCCGAAGGCAGAUAAGAAAAUCUCCCAGGCCUUGGUGAGCUUUUCCAUAUGCUUUAUGUUGUCGUUGGUAGAGUUUAUGAACUUCCCUACCCAGGGUCAGGCCACAGCCCCAGGGGAAACCUCCGUGGCUGAAGCAAUUAUUCAUGCAGUGCCGAGAAGCAGCUUUUUUCUCAUCUCUGGGACUGAGAAGCUGUGGGCUGACCCGCAGGAUACUCCUUCAUGGCUGCAAGGGGCAUUUUUGGCUCUUACCUCUGCCUGCUCUGCCUGCCAUCGGGACCAAAAGCAGCUGUGCUCUGCCCCCAAGCUGGCCAUUGUCACACUCCCUGGUUGAGGUUGUUACCCCAACGCGGGGUCAUUUAUCCGGCAUGCAGACACCAGUGUGCCCACAGAGUAGAGGUAUUACCUAUUUAUUUCAUUUCUGCAGAGAUGGGUGCUAGGUGGGAAUCCACAAAGCUAGCGCUCUGGCCUAAAAACUCUUAGGACUAUUUAUACGGUGCAAACCACAGAAAUACACACCCUUAAUUAUAAUUAUUGCUUAGUACCUUAUCUUAACAAUUUCUAUUGGUUAGUACAGUCUCUCGCUUUCAUUUAAAGUUACAAGGUCCUUUAAUUGAUCUGCGCAUGCUCCAGCACCAUGGGGGGGUGGUCCAGUUCCAUCUCCAAUUGAGUUGGUGGCCACCAUCUCCCACUGCCACCUUUGCCUUUCCCCCAGUUAGUGCAAAUUCUUGCUGACUCUAUGCCUCAUGUAGCAGCUGUCUGGUUUUCAGCCAGAUUCGGCGCUUCCUGUGGUGGGAUGUUCCUGGUUAUCAGCCUUUGUUCUUCUUCAAGGGUAUAUUCAUUAGCAAGACAUUUAUUGUUUGUACCAAGUGUCUAGUUUCACAGGGCCUUGUGACCUUUUUACAGCUCUUUAUUCUUACUUAAUGAGAGAUUCUACCUUCUAAAAUAUAGUUUACUUUUAUUUUUUUUUUUAAAAAGUACAUUCUACCUUCUUAAAGUACAUCAAAGUGAGAAUGUGUUUCCCUUCCUAAAAGCUAAUAAAAUUUUCCU